AUGAAGAUCUGUACCCAUCUGGGCCUGUUCCACGCCGAUGAGGCUUUGGCCAUUUACAUGUUGAGACUUUUGCCUAAAUUCAGGGAUGCUCAGCUUGUGAGGUCGAGAAACCCAGCUGACUGGGAAGCUUCAGACAUUGUUGUUGAUGUUGGUGGAAAGUACGAUGGCGGCCACAAGUGGUUUGACCACCACCAGCGUGAGUUCAACGAGACUUUUUCGUCUAAAUACGCCACCAAGCUCUCCAGUGCUGGUUUGAUCUAUAAGCACUUUGGUCCAGAUAUCAUCCAGGAGACUCUUAAGCUCCAGAGCCCAUCUACCGUGGACUUGCUUUACCAGAAGGUGUACAAGGAGUUCAUUGAGGCUGUGGAUGCCAAUGAUAACGGUAUCAACAACUAUUCCAGUGAUGCCGAGAAGAAGUUCAACGAUAAGAACUUGACUCUUCCUGCCAUCGUCAGUCAGUUGAACCCUAGAUGGAACGUCAACCCUACCGAUAAGGACUACGACGAGGCUUUUGAGAAGGCUAGCGAUUUGAUGGGUACGUGUUUCGUCAACCUUCUUAAGGGUUACGGUGAAUCCUGGUUGCCUGCUAGAGAUAUCGUGGAAGCUGCUUUCGACAGCCGUUUCGAUAUCCACCCAAGCGGUGAGAUUAUUGUCCUCGAACAGUUCUGCCCUUGGAAAGAGCACUUGUACUCUAUUGAGAAGGAGAAGAACGCUCAGGGUGUCAUCAAGUUUGUGCUUUUCUCUGACCUGAGCUCGAAAUGGCGUAUUUCCACGGUGUCUGUGACAUCGACCAGUUUCGAGUUCCGUUUCGGUCUUCCUGAGCCAUGGCGUGGUGUUAGAGACGAGGAACUUUCCAAGUUGACCGGCGUCCCAGGUUGUAUCUUCGUUCAUGCCGCUGGUUUCAUUGGUGGCUGCGAAACCAAGGAGGGUGUCUUACAGCUUGCUAAGUUGGCAUUGGAGAAGAAGUAA